AUGUCUACGAAUCUACCUCCAAAUUGGUUGGAAUAUACCGACCCUUCAACUGGUCAAGCUUACUAUGUCAACACACUCACCAAUCAAUCUCAGUGGGAAGUUCCUUCUGUUGCAACCAAUCAGAAAGCUAGAAGGCAACUAGCUAAUCAACAAGCCCAGGCUUAUUAUGGUGCUCCACAGCAACCACAGCAAGCUCAACCACAGCAAUUAUUCACUCCAGGUGGUGGUGCUGGCGUUGGUGGUGGUGCUCCCACUGAAUCCAACCAACCACUCAACAAUCUCUCCAAUCAAUUCAGCCAAUUUGAUUUAAACUCAAAACCCCGCUCUACUGCCAACUCAAUCAAUCUCAUCGGCUACCAACCAAAUCCUAAUGACAUUUACGAUAACCCACCGCCUCCGGUUCAACUCCCACCCAAUGCAUCAAUCUCCAAUUCCCCCACCGCCAACGCUCACCACUCGUUCAAGAGAUCAACACUCAACGUUGUACCAACAACUCAAUCUCUAAUCAACAAACUUAAAAUUCCCUUAUCUAUUAUACUCACCCCUUACCGCUCCAUCGACUCAGGUGAAGAUGAUAUCCCUGUCAUCACUGACACGGUUAUAUCCAGAUGCAGAAGAUGCAGAACUUACAUAAACCCUUACGUUACCUUUUUAGAAGGUGGUACUCGUUGGAAGUGCUCCAUUUGCAACCUCUCAAAUGAAGUUCCUCAGAUGUUCGAUUGGGACCCAAUCACUAAUCAGCCUACUGAUCGCUUUAAUAGAGCUGAAUUGAAUCACUCUGUCGUUGAAUUCGUUGCUCCUUCAGAGUACAUGGUUCGACCUCCUCAGCCUCCCGUUUACGCUUUCUUGAUCGACGUUUCUUACUCUUCCAUCCAAUCCGGUAUGGUUGCAACCGUCGCGAGAACUAUUUUAGAGACUUUAGAUCGUAUUCCCAACGAAGACGGAAGAACAAAAGUUUGUUUAAUCGCUGUUAAUCACGCUCUCCACUUUUUCAAUCUUCCUCCUAACAGCUCUGAUCCAAAUAUGUUAGUAGUUGGUGACCUUGACGAUCCCUUCCUACCUACACCUAACGACCUCCUCGUUAAUCUUUCAGAGUGCAGAGCUGCUAUUGAAAAUCUUCUCUCUAACCUGUCUGACAUGUUCAUCUCCUCUUCUGGUCCUGAAUCUGCUAUGGGUACUGCUCUCAAAGCCGCUGUCCAGCUUAUUGGUCCUUUUGGUGGUAAAAUCAUGGUAAUGACUGCCCAACUCCCCAAUGUUGGUCAAGGUGCACUCAAGAAUCGCGAAGACAUCAAGAUCCUCGGAACCACUAAAGAGUCCUCCCUACUCCAACCACAAGGCGGUGGCUUCUACAAAAAUCUCGCUAUCGACUGCUCCAGAUCGCAAAUCUCCGUGGACAUGUUCCUCUUUGGUUCGCCAUACCAGGAUGUCGCAACGCUGCAAUGCCUCCCCAAGUACACGUCUGGCGGUACCUAUUUCUACCCCGGCUUUAAUGCAUCACGGAUUGAGGAUGCGCUUAAAUUGGCCCACGAGCUAUCUAUCGUCCUUAGCUCGCCUAUCGCCCUUGAGGCCGUAAUGCGCGUGCGCGCCACACGUGGAGUGCGUAUGUCAGAGUACCACGGUAAUUUCUUCGUGCGCUCCACCGAUCUCCUCGCGAUGCCUACUGUCCCUAUCGACCAGUCCUAUUGUGCGGAGGUGACACUAGAGGAGAACUUGAAUGUACCAUUUGUCGUGUUCCAAACUGCGGUGCUGCACACGACGUGUUACGGUGAGCGUCGCAUUCGCGUAGUUACCCUCGCUCUGCCUACAUCGUCGAAUCCGGCGGAGAUAUACGCUUCGGCUGACGAAAAUGCCAUUGCCACCCUCCUUGCUAACAAGGCCGUCGAGCGCUCGCAGUCGAGUAAGCUGGAGGAUGCUCGAGAUGCAGUGCUCAACAAGCUUGUCGAUAUUUUUGGUCAAUACAAAUCUACCAUGACAGCAGGAGGUGGCGCAUCAGCGCAGUUGAUGGUCAGCGAAAACAUGCGCCAUCUUCCCCUUCUCCUUCUCGGUCUACUCAAGAAUAUUGGUUUAAGACAGAGUAGUCAUAUUCCAUCAGAUCUGCGCGCUUAUGCCCAGACUCUCCUCACUACCCUCCCCACACAGGCGCUUAUACCAUAUCUCUACCCUACGCUCUACUCGCUGCACAACAUGCCUGCCGAGGCUGGGAUGUUGAGCGAAGGUGGACUCGUCCUCCCACCCAGAUUGAAUCUCACUAUCGAGAAGUUCGAGCGUCAUGGACUCUAUCUAAUUGAAGAUGGUCAACAGAUGUUCUUGUGGAUCGGUCGCGAUGCCGUGCCGCAACUCGUACUCGACGUCUUUAACUUGCCCACUCUGCAAGAUCUCAGACCGGGCAAGAUUACACUCCCACUGCUCGAUAACGCCAUGUCCGCACGCGUGAAUGGCAUCGUAAAUAAGGUUAGAGAGUCGAGAAGAGGCCCUUACAAACCACACCUCUAUCUCGUUAAGGAAGACGGCGAUCCUAGUCUCCGCUCAUGGGCUCUUUCACUUCUCGUUGAGGACCGCUUCGAGAUGGGUCUGUCGUAUUCGCAGUGGUUAGCUACUCUGCGUGACAAGAUUAAUUCUGGUUCGUAUAACUAA